CGGCACCGCGUGCGCUCGUGAAACAUCAUGGACGACUUGUUUAGUGUUUUUGACGAUGCGCCGAAAUCAUCUGCUAAACUCUUGUCCGCUAAGACGGUCAAGUCUGAACCGACUCAGAACAAUGAUUCAACAUCUGACGAAGCUGGUGCCGACGACUUUGUCAAGUCUGUGAUCGAAGGAAAGCGACCACUGGACCACGACAUCGAAGAUGAAUCAAUCAAGAAGCAGAAGAUUUCCAACAUAUGGGACGACAUAAACCCUGAAGACUACCUGUCUCACGUGCACGUGCACAAGGUCGAGACAGUCGAAGCAUGCAUACACGAGGUCGCAGUGCCCGAGGGGAUGGAGUAUGUCCCCCUCAAGCGCAGCACGGACGGCUCGACGGCGCGCGAGUACCCUUUCAUCCUCGAUCCGUUUCAAAAGGAGGCCAUCCUCUGCCUGGAGAACAACCAGAGCGUGCUGGUGUCCGCCCACACUUCGGCCGGAAAGACCGUUGUGGCCGAGUACGCCAUCUCACUGGGCUUCAGAGAAAAGCAGCGGGUCAUUUACACCACUCCGAUCAAGGCUCUCAGCAACCAGAAGUUUAGGGAGUUUACGGACGACUUCAAGGACGUUGGCCUCAUGACGGGCGAUGUCACCAUCAACCCUAGCGCCAGCUGCCUCAUCAUGACAACAGAGAUCUUGAGGAGCAUGUUGUACAAGGGCUCCGAGAUCAUGCGGGAGGUCGGGUGGGUCGUCUUCGACGAGAUUCAUUACAUGAGAGACAAGGAGCGAGGCGUGGUGUGGGAAGAGACGAUCAUCCUGCUGCCAGACAAUGUGCGCUAUGUGUUCCUUUCGGCCACCAUCCCCAACGCCAAGCAGUUUGCGGAGUGGGUCUGCCACUUGCACAAGCAGCCCUGUCACGUCGUCUACACGGAAUACCGGCCGGUCCCGCUUCAGCACUACAUCUUCCCUGCGGGAGGCAGCGGACUUUACCUCGUCGUGGACGAAGGGGGAAACUUCAAGGAGGAGAAAUUCAACGAGGCCAUGACGGUCCUCCAAAAUGCCGGCGACGCGGCCAAGGGCGACUCUGCCAUGAAAGGGCGCAAGGGCGGAUUCAAAGGAGAGUCCAACUGCUACAAGAUUGUCAAGAUGAUCAUGGAACGCGACUACGCUCCCGUCAUCGUCUUCAGCUUCAGCAAGAAGGAGUGCGAGGCCUACGCCACCCAGAUGGCCAGGCUGGACCUGACAACCCAUCACGAAAAGCAACUGGUGGACGAGGUCUUCCGAAACGCCAUGGACUCCCUUUCCGAAGAAGACCAGAAAUUGCCUCAGGUCGAACAAGUGCUCCCGUUGCUGAAGCGAGGCAUUGCAGUCCAUCACUCUGGCCUGCUUCCCAUUCUCAAGGAGACCAUAGAAAUCUUGUUUGCUGAAGGACUCAUCAAGGCCCUGUUUGCCACGGAAACAUUUGCCAUGGGGCUGAACAUGCCUGCACGAACCGUGUUGUUCACAAACGCACGCAAAUUCGACGGGAAGGACUUUCGAUGGGUGACCUCUGGAGAGUACAUUCAGAUGAGCGGUCGGGCCGGCAGGCGCGGCCUGGACGACCGCGGCAUUGUCAUCCUCAUGAUCGAUGAGAAGAUGAGCCCUGCUGCAGGGAAGGACAUCGUCAAGGGCCUCCCCGACCCCAUCAACAGCGCGUUCCACCUGACGUACAACAUGGUGCUGAACCUGAUGCGCGUGGAGGAGGUGAACCCGGAGUACAUCCUGGAGCGCUCCUUCUUCCAGUUCCAGAACAACUCCUCCAUCCCCGUGCUGUACAAGAAGCUGCAGGACCUGCAGACGAAGCUGGACGCCUUCAGGAUCCCCAACGAGUCGGAGGUGGCGGCCUACUACAAGAUCCGGCAGCAGUUGGCGUCGCUCUCCAAAGAGCUGCAGGCCUUCCUUUCCAAACCCCAGUACUGCGUGCCCUACCUUCAGGCUGGCCGGAUGAUCCACAUAAAGAACGACACGCACGACUUUGGCUGGGGUAUCGUCAUCUCGUACACCAAGAAGAAAAUUGUCGCAGUGAGGGGAGAGCAGUCUGCAAGAGAGCCCUCAGUCAUUGUGGAAGUGCUGAUGCUGGUCUCCAGGGACAGUGCCCAGACCAAGGUCACCUCCAAGGUCCUUCCUCCUCCCCCGGGGGAGAAAGGGGAGAUGCAGGUUGUGCCCAUGCCCAUUGACAACAUCAACCAGAUCAGCAGCGUGCGACUUUACUACAACCAGGACCUGAAGUCGCCCGACAACCGUAAUGCCGUGCUCAAGUCACUCCAGGAGGUCUACGAACGCUUCCCCAAGGGCGUCCCUCUCGUCGACCCUUUCGAGGACCUGGGCAUCAAGGACAGCGGCAUGAAGGAAGUGGUCAAGAAAAUCGAGGCCUUCGAGAGCCGGAUGUACGCCCACCCUCUCCACUCGAGUCCGGAACUCAAGCGGCUCUACUCGCACUAUGAAGAAAAGAUGAUGGUGGUGAAGGAGAUGAAGGAGGUAAAGAUGGAGCUGAAGAAGGCCAAGUCUCUUCUUCAAAUGGACGAGCUCAAGUGCAGGAAGCGAGUGCUGCGCCGGCUCGGCUACUGCACUGCCGCAGACGUCAUGGAGAUCAAGGGGAAAGUGGCUUGCGAGAUCAGCAGUGCCGACGAGCUGCUGGUGACGGAGAUGAUCUUCAACAACAUGUUCAACGACCUGGACGUGCACCAGGCGACGGCACUCCUCGGCUGCCUCGUCUUCCAGGAGAAGUCCAACGAGAUGCCAAACCUGACCGAGGAGCUCUCCGGUCCACUCCGACAGAUGCAGGACAUGGCACGACGCAUAGCCAGGGUGACCAAGGACGCCAAGCUGUGUGUGGACGAGGACCGCUACAUCGAGUCGUUCAAGCCCCACCUCAUGGACGUCAUCUACUCCUGGAGCAAAGGGGCAUCGUUCGCGCAGGUCUGCAAGAUGACGGACGUCUUCGAAGGCAGUAUCAUUAGGUGCAUGAGAAGACUAGAAGAGCUGCUGAGGCAGCUGGUGCAAGCUGCCAAGUGCAUCGGGAACACCGAACUCGAGAACAAGUUCUCAGAAGCCGUCAAGCUCAUGAAGAGGGACAUCGUCUUCGCGGCAAGCUUGUAUUUAUGAGGACGAGAGGAGAGAUACGCAUCCGCUGUUAAUAAAUCUUUUAUCGCUGCUCUGUACAUCACCACCGAAAA